AUGUCCCUGCCAAGCCCUGCAUGGCCCCAGCGAGAGGAGCCACCCCCCUGCGGCACCGCCACCGGCCUCCCACCAGCCUCGUCUGACAGCGACUCUGGCUGUGCCCUGGAAGAGUACCCGGAGCCCCCCGCGGACCCCGCACCCCCCGAGGUCCCGGCGUGCUUUGGCACCCGCUCGCCGCAGCCUGCCUCUCCCGACGACAGGAUCCGGCUCCGCACCAGAGCCCUCCUGCAGCAGCUGCCUCCUCAGGACUGCGAUGAGCGGUACUGCCCCGACCUUGCGGAGGAGGAGAGGAGGCAGCUACGAGCGUUCAGCGCCCGACGGAGACGGGAGGCCCUGGGGCAGGGGCUGGCAUGUCCCGUGCCAGGUCCCUGCCAUGGCUGUCCCUGCAAGAAGUGUGGCAGGAGGCUGAACAAAGGGGACCCAGGGAUUUCGGCAUCUCGGCUGGGGGACCAGUUCUGGCACCCGUCCUGCUUCUCCUGCCACUUCUGCCACCAGGCCCUGGAAGACCUGCUGCGGCCGGCACCCCCGCGGGCGCUUCCGACCCCGCUGUGCCUCCUGCGACCAGAGGAUGGGUCGUUUGCCCCCCUCCAGCUGAUCUUCAUGGAGGAGUGCAUCGAGGCGGAGGGCCGGCGCUGGCACCUGGAGCACUUCUGCUGCCUGGAGUGUGACGUGCCCCUGCGCGGGCAGCGCUACGUGAUGAAGAGCGGCCGGCCCUGCUGCUGUGGCUGCUUUGAGAGCCUCUUCGCUGAGCUGUGCCAGGCCUGCGGGGACCCCAUCGGUGCUGACAGCGAGGAGGCCACCCACCAAGGGCUGCACUGGCAUGCCCGAGCUGCCUGCUUCUGCUGCAGCCUCUGCCGAAAGCCGCUGCACGGGCAGCCCCUCACCUCCCGCCGCGGCCGGCUCUUCUGCUCCGAGACCUGCAGCCUGGGACGGGACACAUCCUCCACCGCUUCCGACUCCUCCGACUCAGCUUUUGCCUCGGCCCCGUCCCCUGACUCGACGCCCCUCUCCCGAGCCGGCCCCGCCAGCAGGACGGCGCCGGGGACGGGCAGCACCUUGGCACCCGGGGACUGCAGGCAGCGGGUGGAAGGGGCAGAGGCAUUUCUGGAUCAGGCCUCCGUGCAUCCAGCAUUCAGGAGCCUGGAGGACCGCGGAGCAGCCGCUAAGGAGCGGAGCAGGGAUGCUGCGCACGCAGGGAUGCUGGGACCACCGGCCGGACACCCCUCUGGCAGCCAGCCCAGUGCAGGGGGUCCCAGUGGGCCUGGAGCCCCCAGCCACCUGGUUUUGGGGGGCCCUGACCCCCGAACACCCGCAGGCAAUGGAAACCCACACUUUCGAGCGGGCAUAGCCCCUGCCCAACACAGCGCACAGCCGGAGGACAUUGACCUGCAGGACAUCACGGAGGAGGAUGACUCCUGGUGUCCCACCUGCUCUUCAUCUUCGGACUCGGACGAAGAGGGUUUCUUCUUUGGGAAGCCCAUCCCCAAGCCGGGGAUGAGUUCCCUGGGCAGGGAGCCCGUGGGGAGGGCUGGGGGCAGGACGGCGAAGCCACGGGGCAGCAGCAAGCACUGCAGCGUGUCCUAG